CCUAGAGCGCCUGCAAAGCUUGGAAAUGUCCCUGGCACGGCUUGGAAAAGUGGUUCCCAAAUCAAGCAUCUUGUUCCUGUGUGACAUGCAAGAGAAAUUCCGCCCCAACAUCAGCUACUUCCCUCAGAUUGUGUCUGUGGCAGCUCGGAUGCUGAAGGUUGCUGAAGCUCUUGAAAUCCGCACUGUGGUCACUGAGCAAUACCCCAAAGGUUUGGGUCCAACAGUACCGGAGCUGGGAGCUGAAGAAUUGCCCAAAUACACCAAAACGUGCUUCAGCAUGCUUAUCCCAGAGGUGGAAAAAGAGAUGGAAUCUGUUCCCAACUUGAAAUCCGUACUUCUCUGUGGGAUCGAGACACAGGCUUGCAUCAUGAGUACUGCCUUGGAUGUCAUGGAGCGAGGUCUGGACGUUCACAUCGUGGUGGAUGCUUGCUCUUCCCGCAGCCAGGUGGACAGGAUCAUAGCUCUGUCCAGACUGCGUCAGAGCGGGGCUUUCCUUACCACUAGUGAGGGACUUAUCCUGCAGCUCGUCCGGGAUGCAGCUCACCCGCGUUUCCGAGAGAUUCAGAAAUUGAUUAUGGAUCCUGCCCCUGACAGUGGCCUUCUGCCCCUCAUAAAAGUGCCAAAUCCCCUUUUCAGUUAGCUUAGCUGCUCCAAGGAUGAUAAUCUUCCUUUAAAGCACCUUCAGCCAUUUCAUCUGAUGUCCUUGUCCUUCUGAAUGGGAAGAAGCAAAAUCAAGAUUCUUCAAGUUGACUUUAAAGAGGAAGAUGAUGAAUUAUAAACCUAGCUGAAAAGCUGCAUCAGA